GUAGUGGAAAAGUAGUGGGACGAAGGUCUUCAUCAAAACAGUUUCUCAAUUUUCAGUCUUCACAGGACAACGAUGUAAGAAAUUCAAGUUACAAUGAAAGCAACAAGAUGAAGACCAAAACAUGAAGAUCGUUUCCAACUCAUUUUAAAGGUUCACUUUUUACUCAGCACAACAAGAGCACAUUUUUAUCACACAAAACUGAGACCAUGUCAUCUGUGAAGGUUGCAGUGCGGGUUCGCCCGUUCAACAACAGGGAGAUAGCGCACCAGUCCCAGUGCAUCAUAGAAAUGGACGGCUACACAACAACCAUUACCAAUCCCAAGGCAGGUCCUAAGGAACAGAAGACCAAGAGAUAUAACUAUGACUACUCCUACUGGUCUCAUACUACGCCUGACGACCCCAACUUUGCCUCCCAGAAGCGUGUUUAUGAUGACAUCGGCAUCGAGAUGCUGGACCACGCCUUUGAAGGGUACAAUGUCUGCAUAUUUGCGUAUGGUCAGACAGGGUCAGGGAAAAGCUACACCAUGAUGGGGAGGAACGAGACUGGGGAAGCUGGCAUCAUCCCACAGCUGUGUGAAGAUUUAUUCAGGAGAAUGGUGAAUAACAUGUCUCGGGAUGAAGACCUUAAAUACUCAGUAGAGGUGAGCUACAUGGAGAUAUACUGUGAGCGCGUGCGAGAUUUGCUCAAUCCUAAGAACAAGAACCACCUGCGCGUGCGUGAACACCCUCUCCUCGGCCCAUACGUGGAGGAUCUGUCCAAGCUGGCCGUCACCUCCUACAAGGAUAUCAAUGACCUGAUGGAUGAAGGCAACAAAGCCAGAACCGUUGCUGCCACUAACAUGAAUGAAACAAGCAGUCGGUCCCAUGCAGUGUUUACUAUUGUAUUCACGCAAAAACGCUUUGACAAGACCACUAAGAUGACAGGAGAAAAG